AUGGUUGCUGUUCUGCAGCUCACAUUUGCAAUGAUUUUCAGUGUGGAAUUCAUAAUGGGAACCUUAGGAAAUGGAUUCAUUGCUCUGAUGACCUGCAUAGACUGGGUCCAAAGAAGAAAAAUCUCUUUAGUGGAUCAAAUCCUCACUGCUUUGGCAAUUUCCAGAAUCACUCUAAUUUUGUUGGUAUUCCUAGAUUGUUGGGUAUCUGUGCUUUUCCCAGCAUUACACAGGACAGAAGAAAUGUUAAGAAUUUAUUUUAUCUCCUGGACUGUGAUCAAUCAUUGUAACCUUUGGCUUACUGCAACCCUGAGUACCCUUUAUUUUCUCAAGAUAGCCAACUUUUCUAACAUUAUUUUUCUUUACCUAAAGUAUAGAGUUAGAAAUGUGGUCUUGGUGACCUUGUUAGUGUCUCUAUUUCUCUUGUUCUUAAAUGUUGUAAUUAUAAAAAUAUACUCCGAUAUGUGUGUAGAUACUAUUCAUAGAAAUGUUUCUCAGAUUUUCACACUGUAUAACCAUGCACAGAUUUGCACACUUCUUUCAUUUACCAACCCUAUGUUUACAUUGAUGCCUUUUGUUAUGUCCCUGGCAACUUUUCUCUUGCUUAUCUUCUCCCUGUGGAGACAUCUGAAGAACAUGCAGCAGAGUGCCAAAAGAUGUAAAGAUGUCAGCAACACAGCACAUAUCAGAGCCUUACAAACCAUCAUUGUUUCUAUACUCUUAUACACUGUUUUUUUUCUAUCAUUUUUCGUAAAAGUUUGGAGUACUGUGUCACCAGAGAGUUACCUGAUCCUGUUAUCUGUCUGGGCUCUGGGCAAUGCUGUUCUUUCUGCUCACCCUUUUGUCCUGAUUUUUGGAAACAGUAGGUUGAGAAGGACUUCUAUUUCAGUUAUGUUAUGGCUCAGGUACAGGUUCAAAAUAUAG